AUGAGCGCCGCCAACGAUAUCUCCCUGCCGAAGGCCGAGAUCGUGGCGCUCUUCCUCGAGUCCCUCCUCUUCGGAGCCUUCGCCGUCCUCUUCUGCAUCUCGGUGUGGAUCCUCUGGUUCCGGGACCGUGUGCGCAGCAGCCUGCGCAAGUGGAUGCUCGCCACCGCGUCGGCGAUGAUGGUCCUCGCUAUUGCGCACUUGUGCUUCGACCUACAGCGCGCGAUCGAGGGGUUCGUCUCCAAAGGCGGCACACCGACGGGCACGUUGGAUUUCUACAGCUGGCUGAGCAACCCCACGCACGUUGGCAAGUCCGUCAUCUACAUCACCCAGACGUUGGUUGGAGACUCUUUUGUGACAUACCGUUUGUUCGUCGUUUGGAAUCGGAACCCCUUCAUCCUCAUUAUGCCUCUCCUGCUCCUUUUUGGGACCGCCGUCGCCGGUUACGGCAUCUGCGUUGAGCUGACGAUGGUCAAAGGCGUCGGCGCGAUCUUCGAGGGCAACCUCGUCCCCUGGAUCACCUCCUUCUUCUCGCUCUCGCUAACGACGAACGUCCUCGCAACCCUGCUGAUCACCGGGCGGAUCGUCUGGUCGAACUACUCGCUGAAGAAGUACAAGGUGGCGGCGGCGAUGACGCACUGGGGCGUGGUCGAGACGAUCGUGCAGUCCGCGGCGAUCUACUCGGCCGCGCUCAUCGCGCUCCUCGCGACGUACGUCUCCGGCUCGAACUCGCAGUACAUUUGCCUCGACUCGCUGCAGCCCAUCAUCGGCAUCACCUUCACGCUCAUCAUCAUCCGCGUUGGGCUCAGCGAGAGCACGGACCGCGAGUCCUCGCGCUCCUUCCCCAGGCCCAAGCCCCGUCUCGGUGGCACGACUGGUCCCGGCGGCGCGGGCUCGCGCCUGAGCGUCGUCCCUGGCCAAAGGGAUCCCGCGAUCGCGGUCUCGGGCGCUCAGGCGUACGCGAUGCGCCCGCUCGCGAUCAACGUCUCCGUCUCGCGCACGCACGACCGGCAGAGCUUCGACGAGUACGACCGGAAGCACUCGGCCACGCCCCCCGGGGGCGGGGACUCGGACGCGGACCUCGAGCACGGGAGCAUCUUGCCGCUGUGA